ACUAAACACCCAAUCUUUCCACCUCCCCUUUCGUCCAGCUUUUAAAUCGUUUUAGCUGCCAUUUUCCUGCUUUCGUUCAAUGGAUCCCGUUUCAUGCUCAACCGAGCCUGGUGACUCCCGGCCCACUAGGCCACUUCCAACCACCGCUGGUCUAACUUCUGCAGAGAGAGAGCCAACAGGCUCCACCGGGUCUCCUGACCUGGGAGGAACCCUAGUCUCUCACCCGCCCGACGGGCUCCCGGAGCUCUCGAGUGCCUCAGAGGAUGACGAAGGAACAGGCUCCGGGUCUAAACGCCGCAAGGGAAAGAGCAAGUAUAACGUUCCUCGGCGACAAAUUAAAAUUGAGUACAUACAAGACAAGAGUAGGAGAAACAUCACCUUUGGAAAAAGAAAAAAUGGAAUAUUCAAGAAGGCACAGGAAAUCUCCACUCUGACAGGAUGCGAGGUCAUGCUGAUAGUCGCACCGAAAGAUUCUGAGCUAACAGCCUACACCUUUGCGACUCCUAGGUUGACGCCUUUAAUCAAGGAUCCAGCUGGCGAGGCCUACAUCCAAAACUGCCUGCGUUAUGGAGCUCUCAUGCCUGGUGCUUCGUCCGGAAUGGCAGCAUCUUACGGGAUGAACGGAACCAGCAGUCAAAUGCCACAUGUUGGUACACUUCGCACGGCCGCUAGAGCCACUCCGACCCCCAAUGCCAAUGCUAUAUCCUACAACUCAUCUUAUUCUUACGUCCCUAAUGGAGGCAUCGCUCGACGCACCCAACCGCCCUACGGUAUGCCACACCCGCUCUCCUUGUCCCCCCAGUCAUCGCCUUCAACCAAUGUAACCGGCAAGCAGACACCACAGUCAGUCGGUGUUACGGAACAAGCUAAACGGGAAGCUUCUGACUCUCCUGUCCAGCACUUAGGGAUCUCUCACCAUUCGUCCAAACAACAGCAAUGGUCACCCGGCCCAAAUGUUUCUAAAGGAGAAUAUCCAACAAGCCCUGCCGUCACUGCUCCCAAUUCUGCCAUGGGCUCCUCUAGCCGUGAGAUCCCGGCGGAUUGGAUAGUGGCCAAUCCACGCAGUCUUUUCCAGACAUCAUCUCCUCUGGGAACUACACCGAUGUCCACUCGCGGCCUAUCCUCCUUUCCCCUCUCUACUCCCACUCAAGGGAGCGGUAAUGGCUAUUCACAUUUACCCCCGGACAGCAAUCCUUUCCAUAGACAUUCCUCUGACAGCUCUGUCAUUGCGACGCCCACUUGGCCCCCAGUAUCACAAAGCUCGCCGGGCAUCAGGACCUCUCCUCUUGGCUCAGCACAAAACAUCGGCAGCUCAAAUAUUUCUACGAAUGACGCAAGGUUUCUAGAACCAUUGGUCCUUUCCCAACCCUACGAUCCUCGAGUUUUGGGCUCCGGCGAGGAGUACGGUACCGGCUCUAGCUACCCUAACCCGGUCUCAUCACUGACUAUGCAAUCAUGUGCUACUCCCUACGGUGAAUCUGAGAACUGCGAUGGUAACAAUUUGUCAACGGCAUAUCUUCACGAAGACGGUCCUGGUACUGAAUCAGAUAACAAGCAUUACCUCUUAGAUAACCCCGACAACACCUGGUCGAGUGGGCUUCAAUAAGCCUCUAUCGCCCAUUACAUGAGUACUGAGGACGAUCAUUGAGUAGUCUACCUCCACAAUCAGAUCACUUCUAUUACGACUUGACGAUCUUUCCAACUACGGUUCAAAUUUAGACAAAAAUAGCGCAAAACCGCGUCCAUCUCUCCGCAAGUUCCAAUCACUUCAGCUCAAACAUUUCAAUCUUAUCACUUCAGCCCAAGCAUUUCUUUUUCUGAUCACUGCAGCUCAAACGUUACAAUCGCAUUCCAUUGCACAUCAACCCAUAAUACUAUUCACUCAUCAUGUAUCCCGGCUUUCAAAUAAUCAUCUGUACCUUUUUUUGUCUGUAUCUUCUUUCAAAAAGCAACCUCGUUUUAUCUGUG